UUCCUCCUCUCUGAACCCAAUUGAACAUAACAAAAUAAUUCAUGCAGCUCAGGCAUCCCUGUCACCGGCUCCGGCAGAAGUUCCGAUGCUUCGCCACCAAGUACAGUGGCAGAGUGGUGGUGGAAGCUGAAGAUGGCCGUUCAUUCGCCGUCGAAGUCGAUGCCCCUACUCUUCACACCGACUCCAGAGGCUAUGCUCUUCCCCGCCGUGACCUAAUCUGUAAGGUCUCCCAGAUUCUGAAGUCACCUCCUUCCCCUUCUUCUGAUCCUUUCCUUGACUUAUCUGACUAUCUCGAUACAUUGACAAUAACCCUAACUCCCUCUGAAGGUUCUGAAGUUCUCAAAUCCCUGAAGUCUCCAAACCUCGCUCUUCGCUUCUUCCGAUUUUGCCCCUCUGAAAUCCCUAAAUUCCGUCAUGACUGCUUCACUUACAACCGUAUCCUUCUCAUCCUCUCCAAAUCUUCUCUUCCGAACCGGCUCGAUUGCGUCCGCGAGAUUGUUGAUGAAAUGGAACGGACUGGUAUUCAGGGAAACAUAUCCACUGUCAAUCUUCUUAUUGGAACAUUUGGUGACGGCCAAGGGAAUGGUGUUAAUGAGCUAACAAGGUGUUUGGGGUUGGUUCAAAAAUGGGAUUUGAAGUUGAAUUGCUAUAGCUAUAAGUGUCUUUUACAAGCCUAUAUCAGAUUGUGCAAUCCGGACAAGGCUUUGAGAGUUUACCAAGAAAUGAGGAGACGUGGGUACAGAUUGGAUAUAUUUGCAUACAACAUGCUUCUUGAUGCUCUUGCUAGGGACCAAAAGGUUGAUCAGGUCCACAAGGUUUUCGAGGACAUGAAGAAGUGGCACUGUGAACCUGAUGAAUAUACGUAUACCAUUCUGAUUAGAAUGACUGGGAAAUUAGGGAAGCCCGGUGAAUCACUUUCUUUCUUUCAGGAAAUGCUGUCAAAGGGUAUUUCACCAAAUUUAAUUGCUUAUAAUACUAUGAUCGAAGCUCUUGCGAAAAGCCGCAUGGUUGAUAAGAGUAUCUUUGCCUUCUCUAAGAUGGUGGAGAAUAGUUGCCGGCCCAAUGAAUUUACUUACAGUAUUAUUUUAAAUGUAUUGGCCGCAGAAGGGCAACUUGGACGACUUGAUGAAGUUGUGGAAAUAUCUAAGAGAUACAUGAAUAAAUCGAUAUACGCAUAUCUUGUUAGAACGUUGAGUAAAAUAGGCCAUGCAAGCGAAGCUCAUAGGCUGUUUUGCAAUAUGUGGAGCUUCCAUGAUAGAGGAGAUCGUGAUGCCUACUUAUCCAUGUUAGAGAGCUUAUGCAACUCUAAGAAAGUAACUGAGGCUAUUGAUUUGCUGAAUAAGAUGAGUGAAAAGGGAGUAAAAGCAGAUAGCUUCAUGUAUAAUACCGUCUUCUCUGCACUUGGGAAGCUAAAGCAGAUUCCUCAUCUUCAUGAUCUCUAUGAAAAGAUGAAACAGGAUGGCCCCUCACCAGAUAUAUUUACUUAUAACAUUUUGAUCUCUAGCUUUGGUAGAGCGGGGGAGGUUGGGGAAGCUCUCAAGAUUUUUGAAGAACUUGAGAAUAGCAAUUGUAAACCUGAUAUUGUCUCCUACAACUCUUUAAUAAAUUGUCUGGGAAAGAAUGGAGACAUUGAUGAAGCGCACAUGAAAUUCAUCGAGAUGCAGGAGAAGGGCUUGAAUCCUGAUGUUGUAACAUACAGCACUCUCAUUGAGUGCUUUGGGAAGACUGAAAAAGUUGAGACAGCACGUCGGCUAUUUGAUGAAAUGCUUGCAGCUGGCUGUUAUCCUAAUAUAGUGACAUACAAUAUCCUACUUGACUGUCUCGAGAGAAGUGGGAGAACUUCAGAAGCUGUUAGUUUAUAUGCGAAAUUGAAGGAACAAGGUUUGGCAGCUGAUUCAAUCACAUACACCAUCCUUGAACGUUUACAAAGUGGUUCUCAUAGAACAUCAAGAGUUCGCAGAAAAAAUCCAAUCACCGGUUGGGUGGUUAGCCCAUUAAGGUGACAUUCAAACAAGGAUUAGAUUAAAGCUGCGCAUGCUCAUGAUUACACGGUUAAAGGAUCUUACCACUCAGUUGUGCUUUUGCU